AUGGCUACCCCCAUGUCUACCACCUCCCAGGACGAGUCGGCGAACAAGAAGCUCGAACAAAUCACCUUUCGAUUCUGCUCCGAAUGCUCCAACAUGCUCUACCCCAAGGAGGACGAGGAGACGCACCGUCUUCAAUUUACCUGCCGAACCUGCCAGUUCACCGAGGAGGCCCAGUCGACUUGCGUCUUCCGCAACGUCAUGAACAACGCUGCCGGCGAGACGGCUGGUGUGACCCAGGAUGUGGGCUCAGAUCCUACCGUAGGUGAUUCCCAAUGUGUUCUUGCCCCUGUUGUUUGCAUCGGGUGCGGCCACGCCAUCUUGUGCACUGGCUGCGGCAAUCCGUCCGACGACUUCAACGUCUCGGCCGUCGUUGUCCAACCCGCCGAUUCCCAGAGCAAGAAGGCGGAAAUCACCUUCCACGAUCAAACAAGGAAUGCCCCGUCUGCAAGGGCGGCGAGGCUGUUUUCUUCCAGUCUCAGCAGCGAAGUGCCGAGACGGAAACUGUUCUAUGUUUGCUGCGAUUGCGGUCACAUCUUCCAGUAA